UUCCACUUAUGCAUCAUUCACUCCUUUGCACCCAAAAUUCUUUGCAUUUUCGUUCUCUUCUUUAUCUCCCACUGCAAAAGCACUAAAUGGGUCGGCUUAAUCUCAUACUCUUGUGGUCACUCUCUUUAACACUCUGUCUUUAUCCAUAUAAUACCUUCGCCCAGCUUAGUCCAAACCACUAUGCUAACAUUUGCCCCAAUGUUGAAAGCAUAGUUAAACAAGUCGUUACUACGAAAUUCCAACAAACCUUUGUUACAGUUCCUGCCACCCUUCGUCUCUUCUUCCACGAUUGCUUUGUCCAGGGUUGUGAUGGUUCGGUUUUGGUGGCAUCCACCGGAAAUAACAAAGCAGAGAAGGAUCACCCUGAUAAUCUGUCAUUGGCUGGUGAUGGGUUUGACACAGUGAUAAAAGCAAAAGCUGCGCUAGAUGCUGUUCCCCAGUGCAGGAACAAAGUCUCAUGCGCUGAUAUUCUUGCUUUGGCUACCCGGGAUGUUAUUUCACUGGCUGGUGGACCUUCGUACACGGUUGAAUUGGGAAGAUUUGAUGGGUUAGUUUCAAGAGCUUCGGAUGUAAAUGGAAGACUUCCUCAGCCAAGUUUCAAUUUGAAUAAGCUGAAUACCCUGUUUGCCUCAAACGGGCUUACCCAAACCGACAUGAUUGCCCUCUCAGGUGCACACACCCUUGGAUUCUCCCACUGCAGCAGGUUCGCCAAUAGAAUAUACAGCUUCAGCAGCAGAGGUCCAGUGGACCCAUCAUUGAACAACCAAUACGCAACCCAAUUACAACAAAUGUGCCCAAGGAACGUUGAUCCAAGGAUAGCCAUCAACAUGGACCCAACCACUCCUCGGACAUUCGACAAUGCUUAUUACAAGAACCUUCAGCAAGGAAUGGGCCUUUUCACUUCUGAUCAAAUUCUCUUUACGGACCCCAAGUCUAGGAACACAGUUAAUUCCUUUGCUUCCAAUAGUAACACCUUCAACGCCAACUUCGUUGCUGCCAUGACCAAACUGGGUCGCGUUGGAGUCAAGACCGCAAGAAAUGGCAAAAUUCGUACCGAUUGUUCCGUGCUUUAGAUGAUAACAAAGUCGCAAACAGUGCAUGGUUUUAAUGCGGGGAAUUCGCAAGGGGGUAGCCAGAUUAUUUGUUGUUAAUAAAUUUGUUUCCUUAAUAAUUUAAGACUUGUUUGGAUGGUCUGGGAAAGGAAGUUAAGGAAAGAAGGUUAAGGAUAAGUUUUUAUUUGUUGUAAUGUUCAAAAUAAUUCAAAGUCCUCAAAAUUUAAGAACUUUGAAUUGUUUAUAAAAAUGAAUGUGUUACCCAAGGGAAAAAAAAUCAAUAAAUGAAUUUUAGACUUCUUGAACCUU